AUGAAAUUCACUACUAAUUAUGCCAUUGAUAGUGUUGAUUCUAUAAUUGCUGAUAGCAAUAUAUACCAGCUUUAUGACUAGAUGCGCUAAUAGGACUAGAAAGCUGAUCAGCAUGUUUAAAAGAAUCAAUUGGUACUCUACAACUACAUUAUACAUAAAAAGAUAGAAAGAAAAAUAAACCUUUUAUGUACAUAAACUUAACUUGUCUUUAACAGCUAAUCAAACCCAGAUUAAAGCUAAACUUAAGUUAAAUAUGUAGGAAUAAGAGUUAAAGAAAGUUCAAUCCGAGAUAAAACAGAUAAAAAAUCCUCUAAUAUCCAGCAUCCCGAGCAUUAACAAUGGAAAAUUUUAGUUCGCUCUAAUAGUAGAAGUCCCGAUUUAUUAAGAUAGAAAUCCCCUGACUAAAAUCUUUUGGAAAAUAACUAUAUGCUUGUGCCUUACUAUUAAUCACAGUCAUAGAUAAUUGAAAGUUAAUAAUCAACAACAUUGCUCACAGAUUAAUGCAAAAAGUUUGUUUAAAAGAUAAAUAGAAUGAAAAAAGAGAGGAAAUUUAAUAUACUUCAAAGAUAGAAGUAAUUCGAAUAGAGAGUAGUUUAAGAAUUAAAAACUAUGAGUGAACAGCGCAAAACUCGUAUCUAGGAAAUUGAAAACCAAAAUAAUAAUUUGGUAGUAUUUGAUGAGAACAAUUAACAAAUAAAUUCUAAGAGCUUUGCUUAAGGAGAGUUAAAUUUAUUAUCAAAACCAAGAAUUUCCUUGAAUUCUAAUUCCAAGUCAACCUCCAGAUAUUAAUUAUUGCCUCUAGAUGAGCAUAAGAAACGCCUUCUUAGACUUAAAGAUAUGAAAACAUCUGUACCUUUAUUUAAAAGGAUGGAAGAUAAAUUCAUUGAGGAAAAAGUGAUUCCUGAACAGGAAAAGCUUAAGAUAGCCAUGAUAGAGAAAAGACAUUAAUCUAAAAGUAUAUCUAAAAAUGAGCUAAAGUAGCAUCAGGAUAAAGUUCAGGAGUGGUAUCUAUAGAGAAACUUUAAAAAGUAAUUAGAUGACCUUUCUCCAUAAAAGAGUAAGAGUCCUAUUAGAUUCAUAAUGUAACUAAAUGCAUCAUAUCCAAUUCAAUAGUCAAUUGAAAAUUCACCCUAUGAGUAAUUAAAGAAAAAAAAGAUGGAUAAGCUUAAAUACAUUAAUAAAUCCAAAUAAUACUCGAGAUUCGUUUAAGAGGUCGUCCUUACAAAUGAGAACUAAAAGGUUAGAGAACCUAAUCACAAUCAUUAUCCUAAUAACGAGUAAGAAGGCAUGAUAAUUUCCAGAUAAGUUUAAAAGUAACCUAAUUUUAUGCAUAGACGAAAUUAAUCUAGAAGUCAACAGUAGAUCAAAUUUUAUGAUAAUAACAUAGAAAUAAAUGAGGAUGCUACUGUCUAAUCAAGAAAAGUCAUGUCAGAUCUUCCUCCAAUACCUAAAAGGAAAAAUAGGUAAAAAAAGGAUCUAACUCUUAAGAAAAAUAGCCAAAACUAAGUUCCAGCUCAUUUCUACUAUUCUCAGAAUUAUAAUAUUGAGAAGUAGUAGAAUAAAAAAGUCUAAUCAUCUAAAUCAGUCUCAUAAUUAGAGAGUAGACUUGAUUUAGCUAGAAAAGAUGAAUACUCUGGUCCAAAACCUUAAUAUAAAGAUUACUUAUAAGAAGUAAAAAGCUAGAAUGCUAGAUAUAAAUUUAAAAAGAAUAAUGACAACUCAGUAAUUACAAUAGGAUCGUAUAGUUCCUAGAAAAUUAACUCUAAAUGGCAUAAAAUACUGACAAGUGAUCGACUUGAACCCAAAGAAAAAUUGGACUAGAUAAAAAUGGAAUCAUAGAAAUUAGAGGAAAAAGCAAAAAGAAUGGAGGAACUGACCAAAUAUGACAGGAGUCCUUUUCACUUUGGACCGGGUCAUAGUGAAAGUCCUUCAAUGUGGAUCGAUGACAGUCUCCAAGUUAAUGAUUUAUUAGUUGAAUCAAUCAAAGCCAAGCUUGAGAUACUUAGUAAUUUGUGA